CUAUUAUCCAUCCCGUCAGAAAAGAUAUCGUGUCGCUAACUAUUUGGUAAACGACGUUUGACUGCCUUUCUCGAACUUGGGGUGUUUUUAUCUUAUAGGAAGGCGGUAUGUGCGGUGUCUGAGGAUUUUGCCUACCUCUCAUCAGUGCCUUAAGGCUCAGGUCCCAAACCGAAGGUACUUGCACUUGAUUCGUGUACACCGCGUCAAGACUUGUCUCAUACGCUGCUUUUCCUCCUUGUCCGGCCCUGGUUGUCUGUUUAAUUAUACCAGGAACUUGUUGCACCGGAAAUCUAAACCACUUUCACUCUUUAUCAUUCGUGUGCCUCUCAGUCUGGGUUCAUUCGUUGUUCAGCACAUACCGCGCAAAGCCACGACAGAAGGAAACAGAAAAGAAAAGGCUCUCCCGUUCGAAUGUCGCUCUUCGGGAACGUCGGCGCUACGUCGACUACAGCUGGUCAAACAAACACCACAGGCGAUAUCUCCAAAGAUGUACCGCUCAACUCGCCGCCCGAAGAUGGCAUCUCUGAUCUUCGGUUUUCUCCCGCAAGCGAACAUCUCGCGGUAGCUUCGUGGGACAAGAAGGUCCGCAUCUACGAGAUCAACGAACAGGGUCAGAGUGAGGGGAAAGCUCUUUUUGAGCAUGAAGCUCCAGUCUUAAAUUGCUGCUGGUCACCGGAUGGAACGAAAGUUGUCGGAGCUGGCGCCGACAAAGCUGCACGCAUGCUGGACCUCGCAGCCAACGCUACUACUCCCGUUCAAGUCGCUGCCCACGAUGCUCCUAUCCGGUGCUGUCAUAUGAUUCCCAACCCUGCUGGAAACUCUUCUCUUCUUGUGACUGGUUCAUGGGACAAGACCGUCAAAUACUGGGACCUGCGGCAAUCCACCCCUAUUGCGACGGUUGAGUGCCAGGAACGUGUCUACACCAUGGACGUCAAGAACAAGCUGCUAGUGGUGGGAACGGCAGACCGAUACAUCAACAUCAUCAAUCUUGACAAUCCCACCAAGUUCUAUAAGACCAUGCAGUCACCACUCAAGUGGCAGACGCGGGUAGUCAGCUGCUUUACGGAUGCCACUGGUUUCGCUGUCGGUAGUAUCGAAGGACGUUGCGCCAUUCAAUAUGUUGAGGACAAGGACUCUAGUUCCAACUUCAGCUUCAAGUGUCAUCGCGAAACUCCUCCAAACCAACGAGAUAUCAACAACAUUUACUCGGUGAAUGCCAUUUCCUUCCAUCCGGUCCACGGCACAUUCAGCACCGCAGGUAGUGACGGUACCUUCCAUUUCUGGGACAAGGAUGCCAAGCAUCGUUUGAAGGGAUACCCGUCUGUGGGAGGCACGAUCUCCAGCACCGCCUUCAACCGCAAUGGCAACAUCUUUGCAUAUGCCGUCAGCUACGAUUGGAGUAAGGGAUAUUCAGCGAACACGCAACAACUUCCCAACAAGGUGAUGCUCCAUCCAGUAGCGCCAGAGGAGGUGAAGCCAAGACCUGGUACGCGGAAGAGGUAGAGGGGAGAAAAAACUGGCCUGUUCGAUGGUGAUAAUCGGGGAGGGGACAACCGGGCCUGGCUUUAUCCUGAGUAAACGGCCAACCAUGAGCCCUUGAUGUAUGAUGACGGGCUCUGGUGAGCAGUCUUGGGUGUUUCAACCUGAGGCCUGAAUUCUCUGAAUGUUCUGUUUCUCUCUGUUUUAUUCGUGCCUUUCCCCAUGUAUCAUAUGAGCGAUUCGUCAUUGCUUUUUCUUCUGGGAUGGGUUUUCUUUUUCUACUAUCUCGGAAUGACUGAGGAGAGUAGAUCAACUUGCGGCAAGAUCGGAGUCUUCCGUUGUCGAAGGAGGGUACAGGCGUAAAAAUCUACAACGAAGAAGAAAGGAAGCCACGCUACUUAGAAUAUUACGACGAUAAUUUUCGAGCAACC